AUGGAGGCCAUGCUACCAAAAAAAACAGUUUACACCCGCUUUGUGGCGGUUGAUACCCGUUCGUUGAACCUUGUACGGGGGGAAAUGAACGAUCGACUCAACUUGCCCAAGAAGGCCGAGGAGAUCUUGGGCAAGAAGGCGAAUUUGAACAAGAUGACCAAGGCCGAGAGAGCCAAGUGGGCAAACAAGGCAAGGGCCAGAAGAAGCAAAGGCCAGAAGGAGGAAAUAUCUGAAAAGGAGAUCGAUUUUGAACCAACCCUUCUUGUCAUUAUCGAAGAACCAAAGAAGGAGGAAGAAGAAGUCGACGACGUGAACGAGAAGAAGGAAUUCAAACCUUCCCUUCUUGUCGUUAUCGAAGAUCCAGAGGGAGAAGACUUGAAUACCAUGGACGAGUCGUCUUUUGAUGCUGGAUUGAUUAAUGACGACUUCGAUUCUUUGGAGCAGGAUGGUAGCGAUGGCGAGAUUUUUGCAUCACCAACUGAGCAAUCUGACAAGGCAGCUACGAAUGAUAUUCCUUCUGAUGGAAUGGGAUCUGGAUGGACCGAAUCUGGAAAGCGCUACAGCCGACGGCUACAGCUCAAGCUUUCGCCAGAUAAGAAGGAUCCUUCUACUGAAGCUUUGGGAUCUGGCAUGACGGAAAAAGGACGACGAUACAGUCGCCGAGUGGUAAAUCGAAAGGUGCCAAAUAAAGCACAUUCUUGCUACGGCUUGGAAAGAGAUGAAGUAUGA